AUGGGAGGCGGACCGAAGUACGUCCAAAUGCAAUCGGAGACGGAGGCGGCGUUGCCGUUGCAAUCGAUGACUUCAUCGUUUUUCUCGUUUAAUCAUCCAAGCACUGCUGAGCCGACUCGGAUUUUUGAUGAGUUGCCCAAGGCUACUAUUAUUCAAGUAUCGCGACCUGACGCCGGUGACAUUAGUCCUGCCCUAUUGACUUACACAAUUGAAUUCCAGUACAAACAGUUUAAGUGGCAGUUAGUGAAGAAAGCUUCUCAAGUCUUUUAUUUACACUUCACUCUGAAAAAACGAGCAUUUUUUGAGGAGAUGCAGGAGAAGCAAGAGCAGGUUAGAGAAUGGCUUCAAAAUUUAGGAAUAGGAGAACAUGCAACAGUUAUGCAAGAUGAAGAUGAACAAGAUGACGAGGUGCUUCCUUCACGUAAUGAUGAGAGUGCUAGAAACAGAGAUGUUCCGUCUAGUGCCGCUCUGCCAAUUAUCCGGCCAGCACUUGGAAGGCAGCAUUCAAUGUCAGACCGAGCAAAAGUAGCAAUGCAGGGAUACUUAAAUCACUUUCUUGGUAAUAUGGACAUUGUGAACUCCCGAGAGGUUUGCAAGUUUUUGGAAGUUUCGAAGUUAUCAUUUUCGCCAGAAUAUGGUCCUAAGCUAAAGGAAGAGUAUAUUAUGGUUAAGCAUUUACCAAAAAUUCUGCACGAUGAUGAUGGCAGAAAAUGCUGUGCAUGCCAGUGGUGCAGUUGUUGCAGAGAUAUCUGGCAAAAGGUGUGGGCCGUGUUAAAACCUGGAUUCUUGGCCUUUCUCAAAGACCCUUUUGACACCAAUCUUUUGGAUAUAAUUGUUUUUGAUGUUCUGCCGGCCUCAGAUGGUAAUGGAGAGGGCAGAGUAUCCUUGGCAAAAGAAGUGAAGGAUCACAAUCCUUUGCGCCAUUAUUUCAGGCCAGUACAUGGUGGUGGUGAUAUCAUUUGUACUCUGGUGACUUGUGGUACUAGAAGCAUAAAGCUAAGAACCAAAAGCAAUGCAAAAGUUAAAGACUGGGUUGCUGCAAUCAAUGAUGCUGGUCUUCGGCCACCGGAGGGUUGGUGUCACCCUCACCGUUUCGGGUCUUUUGCUCCUCCACGGGGUUUGACCGAAGACGGUAGUCAAGCUCAGUGGUUUGUUGAUGGUUGUGCUGCAUUUGAAGCUAUAGCUUUGGCAAUUGAAGCAGCAAAAUCUGAGAUAUUCAUGUGUGGAUGGUGGCUGUGCCCAGAACUGUAUUUACGACGUCCAUUUCAUGCUCAUGCAUCCUCUCGUCUUGAUUCUUUACUGGAAGCUAAAGCCAAACAAGGUGUUCAGAUUUACAUUCUUUUGUACAAAGAGUUUGCUCUUGCACUCAAAAUUAACAGCGUCUAUAGCAAGAGAAAGCUUCUAGACAUUCAUGAGAAUGUCAGAGUGCUUCGCUAUCCUGAUCAUUUUUCUAGUGGGGUCUACUUGUGGUCCCACCAUGAAAAGAUUGUCAUCGUUGAUCACCAGAUAUGUUUCAUAGGAGGACUUGAUCUAUGCUUUGGCCGUUAUGACUCGCCUGAUCAUAAAGUGGGAGACUAUCCUUCUGUUAUAUGGCCUGGCAAGGAUUAUUACAACCCAAGGGAAUCAGAACCAAACACAUGGGACGACACGAUGAAGGAUGAGCUAGAUCGAAAAAAAUAUCCGCGGAUGCCAUGGCAUGAUGUGCAUUGCGCCUUAUGGGGACCGCCAUGUCGCGAUGUGGCCAGGCACUUUGUGCAGCGUUGGAACUAUGCAAAGAGAAAUAAAGCUCCCAAUGAACAAGCAAUUCCACUUCUUAUGCCUCAACACCACAUGGUUAUACCCCAUUAUAUGGGAAAAAGCAGAGUUAUAGAGGUUGGGAAUAAGACUAGUGAUGGAAAUCAUGAAGACGUGAAAAGACACGACUCUUUUUCCUCUCGAUCAUCCUUUCAGGAUGUACCUUUACUUAUUCCUCAAGAGGCAGAUGAGCAGGAUAUUGUAAUGGGAGACUCAAAUCUGAAUGGGUUUAAUACUGAACAUGAUCUCCAGGUUCAGCCAAGCAGGGUCAGCAGAAGCCCUUUCUCUUUCCGCAAACCCAAAAUUGAACCAUUAAUUUCGGACAUGCCAAUGAAAGGUUUUGUUGAUGAAUUUGUCACCUUGGAUUUCCAGAGGCAGUUGGCCCAUGUAACACAGCCUGGCUCAGCAGUUUCAGAGAAAGAAUGGUGGGAAAUGCAGGAACGAGGUGACCACAUUGUUUCUCCAGAUGAAAUUGGACAGGUCGGCCCUCGUGUUGCAUGUCGCUGCCAGGUUAUAAGGAGUGUGAGUCAGUGGUCUGCAGGAACAAGCCAAAUUGAAGAAAGUAUACACAUUGCUUAUUGUUCACUGAUUGAAAAGGCUGAACAUUAUGUUUAUAUCGAGAAUCAAUUCUUCAUCUCAGGUCUAGAAGGAGAUGAAAUCAUACGUAAUCGUGUUUUAGAUGCUAUAUAUAGACGUAUUGUGCGAGCCCACAAUGAGAAGAAGUGCUUCCGGGUUAUCAUUGUGAUACCUCUUUUACCGGGCUUCCAGGGUGGUGUGGAUGAUGCUGGUGCUGCAUCUGUCAGAGCUAUUAUGCAUUGGCAAUAUCGAACAAUAUGCAGAGGACCUAAUUCAAUAUUACAUAAUCUUUUUGAUCUUGUUGGGCCCAGAAUGCAAGAUUAUGUAUCUUUUUAUGGUUUGAGAGCAUAUGGCAGACUUUUUGAUGACGGUCCGGUGGCCACUAGUCAGGUGUACGUUCAUAGCAAGAUCUUGAUAAUCGAUGACCAUACAACUUUGAUUGGCUCAGCCAAUAUCAAUGACAGAAGUUUACUUGGAUCUAGAGAUUCUGAGAUCGGUGUGCUUAUUGAGGACAAAGAAUUGGUUGAGUCUUGCAUGGGAGGCAAGUCAUGGAAAGCUGGAAAAUUUGCAUUGAGUCUUCGCCUUUCAUUAUGGUCCGAGCACCUUGGUCUCCAUGCAAGAGAGGUUGAUCAAAUAAGAGACCCGGUGAUUGAUUCGACCUACAAGGAUAUAUGGAUGGCUACUGCAAAGACAAAUACGAUGAUCUACCAAGACGUUUUCUCUUGUAUACCAAACGAUCUCAUACAUACAAGGGCUUCACUCCGACAAUGUAUGGCAUUCUGGAGAGAGAAACUCGGCCAUACUACCAUUGAUUUAGGAAUAACCCUGAAUAAGUUAGAAUCGUACGAAGAUGGAGACGUUAAAUGCACGGAUCCCAUGGAGAGAUUAGAGUCUGUGAAAGGACAUCUUGUUUCUUUCCCAUUGGAUUUCAUGUCCAAAGAAGAUUUAAGACCUGUAUUUAAUGAAAGGUUCCAUAAAAUGGCUGCAUCAGCAAUAAGCUCUGGUGCAUUGGUAAUGUUAGAAGAAUUGAAUCCCUCUUCACCACACUUCAAGCAAGGGGCUUCGAUUCGGGUAACUGGAAAGCUCCAGGAGUUUAAUGUGGAAGAAGCAGUGGCUGUACUUGUUGAUGGAAGUGCUACCUUGAGAGUCGAUACACAGCACUUGAACCUCAGUCUUCGAAUGGGUUCUAUCUAUCAAUUCAUUGGAGAACUACAGAUUGAUGCCAGCAAUGAGGCAAUUCUGAAAGCACGCGUAGGUAGGAAUGUAGAUGGCAUGGACCUUAAUCUCUACCGUCAGUCACUGCAGCUCUUGAGGGAUUUUCAAGCUGAUCAAAAUAAUAGUCUUUCAACUUAG